UAUAAGCCAAUUCAAUUCACAUAUAAUUACAAUCGAGUAGUGAUCGCAUAAGGAAAAUGUUUGUAAACACAUUGCUCAUUUGUUUUCUUGCCGCUUGCACGCUGGGACACCGGCAUUAUCUGAACAAGAGCGCGUUAUCAGCAACAACUGCGCCAAAUGUUCAAUCAGAAACACCAGACAAAACUGCCCAGACGGGUCCCCUGACUGUAUCAACGUCCGGUUCCUUCCGAGGGUCCUGGAUGGAGACGCGUCGCGGACGUCGUUUCCAAGCGUACCGUGGCAUCAGAUAUGCUGAACCACCUGUGGGUGAACUUAGAUUCCAGCCGCCAGUGCCCAUUCUUCAUUAUAAAAAUGAGGUAGAUGCGAGCAAGGAAGGUCCAGCGUGUCCUCUACCAGUAUCACCCACCUACUACAUCGACGAGGACUGUCUCACUAUUAAUGUCUACACGCCGAUAAAUAAGCCAAGCAAUUGCACCAAACCCCUGCCUGUGAUAUUCUUCAUUCACGCGGGCGGGUUCUACUCCAUGACUGGUCGCAGCGACCUCGCCGGUCCCCACUACCUCCUCGACAGGGACAUCGUACUGGUCACCAUCAACUAUCGAAUUGCAUCUCUUGGAUUUCUUAGUACUGGCGAUGCUCUCGCUCCUGGAAACAAUGGCUUUAAAGAUCAAGUGGUAGCUUUACGUUGGGUGCAGCGCAAUAUCCGUGCCUUCGGCGGAGACCCAAACCUCGUCACCAUUACUGGCUGCAGCGCUGGAUCUUUCAGCGUCAUGCUUCAUAUGAUUUCACCCAUGUCUAAAGGUUUAUUCCAUCGUGGCAUAUCUAUGAGCGGUUCACCCGUCAGUCAAUCGACAGUAGAGCACGACUUGUACCCUCUGGCUGUGAAACAAGCAGAGUUAGUUGGAUGUCCCACCAAUAACUCCAAGGUUAUCAUCGAUUGUUUGAAGACAAAACCCUUCAGGGAGAUCGGUGAUUCGUUGCCUGGAUUCUUUGACCCGCUAUUCUCUUAUACAUUGUGGAGGCCGGUGGUAGAGCGAGACUUUGGUCAAGAGCGUUUCCUCACGAUGGAUCCCUCAGACGCUAUCCGACAAGGGAAGAUGCAUCCUGUCCCACAUAUCAUUAGUCAAACACAUGACGAAUUUUUCUGGUCAGCUAUCCCCAUCGUAAAAAAUGAUACCCUUCGGAAGACUUUAGACGCAGAAUGGGAAGUUUACGCUCCAAUUAACUUCCAACUACCAAAAGACAAGUAUGCAGUGGCUUCAGGAAAUAGACUGCGGGAGGCGUACCUUGGUAACGAGCCACUGGCUAAUGACAAGAAGACUUUGGAUGGUCUUGGGAAAUUGUAUGCGGACGCUUUCAUAGGCUUCGGUGUGCAUAAAAUGGUGAAUCUGAUGUGCCGUUACUCGCCUUACAAGGUUUAUUACUAUCAAUUGGCUUACAUUGGCAACCAUAGUUUCUAUGAAGACCCCACAACCAAAAAACCUAUAGGCGCUGCGCACCACGAUGACCUGAUCUACCUGUUCACAUUGAGCUAUCAAUUCCCGACGAUCAACGUCAGCGAUAGCACUGACUCCCUCAUAGUGGACAGAAUGACCGCUAUCUGGUACAACUUCGCGCGGUUUGGCGACCCAAAUCCCCGCGGCAACGAGCUGCCGGAGCUGUCGACCCUGCAGUGGCCGGCCAUGACUCCGACGGCGCGCAAGUACCUCAAGUUCGACCGACAGUUCACAGUCGAGGAGAACAUGUUCGAGGACAGGUUCAAUGUAUGGGAAGAACUGUAUCCCAUUGAAAAACAUUAGGAUAUACUUUAGAGCUUCAGAUCUCGAUUCGAUAUAACUGAAAAAUCUUCUUUCAAAAAUAUACUCGUAUAGAAAUCAGAGUAUUAUUGUAUUGUAUGUUGUCUCAUUUAUUUAAGAAAAUUAUUAAUAUAGCUUUUUUUUAUAUAAAUAAUUUACUUUUAUAGAAAAAUAUUAAUUACUCGAUACAGUUUUACUUUUUUAAAAAAAUAUGCACAUCGACAAGCGUAAGAAAGGAUCGAUAUCGAUUUUUGUAUGACGAUCUGAGUGUUCCAGAUUCGAAUAUGAAAUAUGUGAAACAUUGUCUAUGCUUAACAAUAAACAAAUUAUUAUACAAUAAAUGAUAAAAUAACAGCA